GUUUCGAAAUAACGAGGUUUUACUGUACCAGGAAUGGAUUACCCCGAAAAAUUCCUAGUGUUUUUCGACUCGUAAGGAUUCGUUUCCGAGUCGAUCGUCCGGCCAAUGAAAACAGGGUAGAGAGCGUAAACAGAAGAUUCACAGCCAGGACCGGCGCUACGCACCGGCUCAGUUCACAGUGUACGUAAGAAUGAAAAACGUAACACGAAAAGCUAUUUAUCAUUGAAUAGGAUCCUAAUACUUUGUAGGGCUACUUCGAGCCUUAAUAACAGCUCUGCAGCGCCCUGGCGUGGAAUACAAUUAUAUGAGUUUCUUCAAGUAUUUUAUACCUAGCUCGUAAUAUCAAAUUGUUCUAAUAGACUCCUUCAGUGGAUGUUUAUUUUCAGACUUCUCUGCAAUUUUCGUGACCAUAUAAUAUGCCAGCAGUUCAUAAAAGGCUGGGAUCAAGACUGUCAGGUUCUUGCAUGUUAUCGCUCUCUGUAUAGAACAAGAAAAACAGUUUUUGAAGGAGAUGUACAUGCACUUCAAAUAUCAGCAAAGAAAUUACGAGAUGAAUUUAGAAAAAAUAUUUCAGUAAAUGAUCCUAAAAGAAUUGAAGAGUUGCUUGAGGUUGGGCAGAAUGUUGAAAGUUUGCUGAAAAAGCAUGUUGUGCAAUUACGUUUGAAUGAUAAAGGAAAUUAUGGUAAGAAAAAUGCUCUAAAUAUAUAAUUUUUUACAUUGUAUAUAUUGUUUUAUAUGUGAAAUGAAUGUAACACAUAACUUUACUGUUAUUUAUUUAGUCAUAUAAUUUUUUAAUUUAUAAUUGGUUGUUAUUCCACUUAAUACUGGAUAAUUUGUUAGUUUUAUAUUCAUUUUUAUCAUGUUAAUUUAUAUUUCUAAAUUAAUAUUCUUUACAAUUAAAAUAUCUUGGUCAUAAGUGAAGCUGAGAACAAUAUAAGUUACAAAGUAACACAAAAGUUCAUUUACAUUUUGUGUAUUCAUUUCUCACAUUUGAUUGAAUGACAGAACACUUUGAAACAGAUUUAAUUUUGGCAUACAAAGAGAGCAAAUAAAAAAAAUAUAUAUAAAUCAUGAAUUAUCUUUAAGUUUACACAAUUACAUAACAACAGUAUUUUUUUAAACAUUCAUGUAUAAAAUUAAAAAUUCUAUUAAGGUUUUGCUUAUAUUAGUUUUACAUGUAAUCAAAAAUUUAUUGUUUUUCAAUUAAAUGAAAGUAAAAAAAUCACCAGUUAUUUAGUAUUAAAAUAUAAGCCUACCCAUUUAAUCAAACAAAGUUCCACAUGUGAAUUGUGAAAGAAUACUUUGUCAACAAAGAUGAGAACAGUAACAGUACAAUAAAUUUUAUGAAUUUUGAUUUAGGUGAGGAUUAGUACUUUGAAAAGAAUUCUGGAAAGUUUAAAAAGAAUUUACUGGGGUGACUUUUUAAAACAAUACAAAUUUAAAAAAGAUUAAAGAAAUUUUAAUUAUACUCAUAAAACUUUGAUUUUAUAACAAUAUAAGUUACCCUAACUAACUAUUUUUCCAGAGAUCAACCUGAAAAACUCUGAUUCUUAACUCUUAAGUAUUUUUGAGCUUAUCCAGUUUAUCUUCAGGGGCUCUUUUGUUUUAAUUUUCUCUGUGAAUAUUUUCAUGAUGAUGAAUUAAAAAUUGUGAUUGUAAAUGUAACAUCAAUUCCAGUUGACAAUGAUGAUAAUUUUCAAUUGAAUGCAUUUAUAAAUUAUUUAUUACUGUAAUGGAUGAAUUAUUUGGUAUUCUUGAAACUAUUUUUCCAUGUUGAGCUGAUUUGUAUUUUGUGACUUUUAUAUAUUUCAUUUUUAUUUUAUUAAAAUUAGAAAAGUAAAUUAUUUACAAAUUAUGUUAUUAUUUAGCAUACUCAUUAUGACUGAAAAGAUUUCUUGAUAUGGUCAUACUUCAAAAUGAUUGUUUUUAAGGAUUCUUUUUUGCCUUAAAUAUCAUGCAUGAGAAGAAAAAUAAUCAUUUUCUAUAGAUGUUAGAAAAAUUGAGAUAAUUUUCAUGUUUUUUUUUGACUGAUUUGAAAACCUUUCAUGAAUAUGACCAAAAAAACUUUAAAAAAAUGUCUUUCUGUCAAAUCUAAGAUGAAAUGAAAUAAAUUUCAUUAAUUAUAUUGUCAUUAAUAUCACUAUAAGUUGUAAAAUUUUGUCGGAUGACAAUUUUACAAAAAUUAAUUUGAAGAUGUAGUCUGUCCGAAAUUGGUAACCACCAUUUAUUCACUUCUUGUGUUCCAGAAUACAAACAAUUGACGAUCUGACCUUUUUUUUGUAUGCUGCUUCACCAUCAAGUUUAAAAACAUUCCUUUAAAAAACAGAAAAAUAUCCAAUUAAAAUUACAAAGUGAAAAUUGGAACUGGCAGAUCUUACAGACAUCAUUUUUCUUUCCAUCCUUACCCUUAAAUACUACUUUAAGUUUUAAAAUGUUAUUACAGUAUAUUAUAAUUUAAUUUAAUGUCAUCUUUAAAAGUAGGCAACUUUGAUAAGCUUUAAUGUUUUAUAUUGAACAGCUGAUGAAAAUUUGACAAGCUAUUUGGGAUUAGACAUAUCUGAACAGAAAAAGUGAUAAAUCAUCAAACUAGUUUUUUUCAUUUUUUAAAAUAAUUUUUAAGUAUUU